AUGGUAAUAUUCGGCGUGUACAUCGUGAACAAAUCCGGUGGGUUAAUAUUUAACCUGGACCACAACCUGCCCAAGAUAGAAACAGAGAAAACGUUCAGCUACCCAUUGGACAUUAAUUUGGAGUAUGAACCGAAAAGGAUUUCCGUUGCCUUCGGCCAGCGGGAUGGAAUUAAUGUGGGCCAUCAUUUGAUAGCUGUGAAUGGGAUACAGGUAAACGGGGCGGUCCUCGAGGAUGGUCGGGACGUGAAGGAAAUCAUCGAAAGUAAGGAAAGCUAUCCGCUGUCGCUAAAGUUCAGCCGACCGAAGAUGACAACAAAUGAGAAGAUCUUUCUGGCCAGCAUGUUCUACCCGCUGUUUGCCAUUGCCAGCCAGCUAAGUCCGGAACCGAAGAGCAGCGGCAUUGAGGUGCUGGAAGCGGACACAUUCCGACUACACUGUUUCCAGACGCUGACCGGCGUCAAGUUUAUGAUAUUUGCGGAAAACAUGCAGGCCGGUAUCGAUGUCCUGCUGAGGCGAAUCUACGAGCUGUACGCGGAUUACGUGCUGAAGAAUCCGUUCUACUCGCUCGAAAUGCCGAUCCGUUGUGAGCUGUUCGAUACGAACCUGCAAGUGUUGUUGGAUCAGGUGGAGAAAGGUGGUGUGGCUAAUAUUUAG